CCUGCCCCAAAUCAUCGUCUCGAGCCUGUCCAGUCUUGCCGUCAGCACUCGAUCUUUACGGUAUCACGAUCAGAAUAACUAUUCUGCCGGUCUCUAUAAUUGGACCCUUUGCUUUCCUAUCGACGUUCUGAUCCCGCUUCGCGGAAAACACGGCUCGAGGCUGUGCCAAUCGCGGACUUGGGUCGAACCAUCAGCGGGAUACUUCCUUACCGCACGGGCAGCGCACGAGAAGACCUCGGUGAUCCAAUCAACCGGUACGUUGGUGAGACACACUCUUUAUAACUGAAGGACAAUGUACCAUCCUCAACCACAACCGGCGGGUCCUCAGUUCGCGUAUCCACCGCGGAAACCACUACCGCACCCACCCUCAGCCUCGGCCUCCCCUCACAUGCCCUACCCUCCUCAACCUCUUCAAGCACCGCCAGUACCGCCAGUACAAUCCCCAGCAGUAUCUACGACCGCGCCUCUACCCCAAGCUUGGCCACGGCCAUCGCCGCCUUUGCGUCAGUAUUCACCACCGAAACGCAACGCCUCACAACAUUCCUCCACCUCGUAUGGAACUGGACAUAGAAGUUCAGCCUCGAUCGGUCAGCUCAGCCGGCGGAGUUCUGGGAAUAGUACGUUGGCUGGGUUAGCGGGUGGCAGUGGCCCCGAGGGAUACGUACAGAGAAUGCGGAGAGCGAAGGCUACUGUUUGGAGUGAGCGAGGGCAGAAGGAGGAGACUGUCGUUGGGACGAAGGGCAGCAAAAAGAAGAAGAAGGAAGAGGGUCGAUUCAACACGAUGAGGGCGCGCGUCUUCCACUCUUCAUCACAUCGACCGCAGUCAGUUUCUUCACCUUCAUACUACCAUGAUCCUUCACCAUACCAUCCAACACUUCCUCCGCGACUAUCCGCGUCUGAAGCAGGUGCCGAUACCGACGAUGGCCCUAUGCGCGGACCGUCCAUGGGCCCGCCAGCACCCGUGCAAAGACAAAUUAGCUCAGGCAAACGAAGCGGCCUACGAGAAGAAAUCUCCCUCACGCCAAUCGAAACAGCCGUAACAGCCGAACCCUCCCUCCGCUCCGCCUCCUCCGUCCAAUCCCCAGCACGGCACUCCCAAUCCCUCCGCACAAGCGGCGAAGACCAAAACUAUGGCAUCAGCCGUCAAGGCUCGACCGUCCAAUUCGAAGAACCACCACGGCCACCGAGUCGGACUGGGUCUCCGACGAAUGAUAUACAGGUGUAUUCGCACCAGCCAUCACGGCAUGCGAGUUUUAGUGAUAUUGAUUCGGAUGAGGAGGGGAUUGGUGGGUGGAGGGUUGGAGGUGGGCAGGGGAGGUUGUUUAUCGCGAACCUUGCUGAGGGGGAGUUGAGUGAUAGUGAUUGAGAUUGACGUUUAUGAUGGUGGGAGAGCACGCCUACGGAGGAUGGUGCGCUGGACUAUUGCAGCGAGCAGCGAGAAACGACAGGCGAGAAACGACAGGACUGGGGAGCAGUAAUUGGAUUGGGCGUUACAAGGACUUAUUGGCAUUGAUCACAUAUCACACCGCCGCUGGCGCGGCCGCGAGCCGGGAUCGACACUCAUUCACCAUCGCACACGGCAUGCUCAACUGGGAUAAUAGCUAAAGCAGGUAGUCGCUACGAGCUGCUGGAAAUUGCAUUCCAUGAACAAUUGAUUUGAUCAUCUUAACACUC